CAGAGAGAGAGAGAGAGAGAGAGAGAGAGAGAGAGAGGAGUUCAAGAGUUAAAGAGUUGAACAGAGAUCUUAAAGCGGAGCUGGCGUUAAACACAAAGACGGGAGCGAUCUGAGCCUGAAGUCACCACUCCAACAAGAGUCCAGCACCAUGAAACUGAAUCCCCAACAAGCUCCACUCUAUGGAGAGUGUGUGUUGACUGUUCAGCUCGACGAUGAUGAUGAUGAUGCGUGUCGUGCUGAGGGAGAAGAGGAAGAGGAGGAGGUGGAGUUUUAUCUUUUAUUCUCAGGAUCCACCCAAAGACAUCUGACCAGCACACUGCGAGUCAGCCACGUCACACUGCAGGCUGUGUGUCCAGCCCAUAAUGUGUGUGAGCAGGUCUCGGUGACACUAUGUUUGGCUCGGCCCGAUGGACCAGUCGACACACGCUCCCAGGAGACCUUCUGCUUCGUACAGGACUUGGCUCUGGACAUGGCCCACUUCCUCCUUGACAACAUAGCUCCACAGGAAGCAUUACUAUUGGAUGAUGAACAAAUUCCGUUGAAAGAGUGUGAGAAGAUGGAUCAGAACCUGGCCCUGGCCCUGAAACACCUUACCCUGCUCCACCAGAGGACUGAACCAGUGGUGGACAGACAGACGGCCGUCACAGCGACACACAGUGGCACAGACGGACACGACACAGAGACACACAAGGAGACAUGUACGGAUGUCUCCACACUGCUGGACAGUAGCACCGCCGUGUCUCAGUGCCAGCAGCUCUCCAGCCUGCUGCACUUGGCAGCCGGUCACGGUCUGAGGAGAGUGGCAACGUUCCUCCUGCAGCAGCCGGGAGCCAGGGAGGCGCUGAGGAGGCCCAACGCUCAGGGACUGACCGCAGCACGUCUGGCAGAGAGCAGAGGACAUCAGGAGCUGGUGGCGCUCUUCACACAGUAUGAGACGUCCUCAAAUGUCCAAGUGGAACCAAAGGAGCAGGCGCACUUUUACCCAGAAGGCAGAGUGUUUCAGCACCACGCAGACCUCGGUACCUACACCCUAACAUUCCCAGGCCUCGAUCAGAGAGAGAGGGGGACUGAGACACUCAGCAGUGAAGACCUCUACUUACAGGAGGAGGUGGAGGAGCUGAGGAGACGGAUCCGUCUUCACAGGGACAAAAAGGGAAACGCCGACUCUCCCGGUACCAUCGCACCGACACAUGACCUGCAGCCCUGCUCCAACGGUCUGUCUGUGGUAACCAUAGAGACCUGCAGCACAACAACAGAGGAACGGGGAAGUCCUCCGUCACUGGAGGAGAGACCAGAAGGGGAGGACUCUGCUGGUGUCACUCAUACAUCCUGUACCAGUGGAAGUCUUUGUCAGAGCCAGGAAGCUGGUGGAGAACAGAAGGGUACAACAGCUGCCGACUCUCCUGCUGGCCGCAACAGGAAAAACAGAAAGAGAACUACAAAAACUACAAGACAUGCAACAGAAUCUCCAGGAAAUAACAGAAGCACCCCAGAGGCCGGUAGAGGGAAUGCACGGAGGCCCGCAAAGGCAACAGGAAGUAGAACAGAGACAGAUGGAAGUAUUUCACCCCGAGAACCAGAGGUGGCAUCUUUGAUUGAUGACGAAGGAGCCUCAAAAAGUCCCAGAACAGAAGACACUCCAUUACCCAUAAAGCCAGUUUCUGCAGCAGGUGGUGAUGGGAAGUGUGGUGGCAGGAAGGCAGUGGCCUUGCCUGCCACCACAAUCGUAGAAAAACAGGAAGGAGAGAAGUGGGAAGUUGACCUGCUGAUAUGUGAGCGAGUUGUAGAGACAGAAGCUCUGACAGAGACGGAGCGGGGAGACACUGACAGCGUCUCAGCACAAGAAGCUACAGACAACGUUGCUCUGGAAUCAGCUGCAGAGAAGACAGUAACCAUGGGCCAGGAACAAUCCCAGGAUCCCCAGGAAAGCCAGUCAGACCCAGAGGAGCCGAGCCAACCUGACACCAUGACCAGUCCCCAGUCCGGCAGGAGGACCGGCCCAAAGUCCCCGGACACGGAGAGAAAACCCCGGAGAGGGCUAUGGCGGGAUGGGGGCUGGAUUGGAAGCAGAAAGGGAUCACCCCCACAUGAAGCAGAAACCGUAGCAAAAACAGUCUGGUAUCGGGGUGAAAACGUAGACCAGGGUGCCAAUGAAGACUGUAACAGAGAGGAAGUGAACUCCCAGUCAGUUUGGUACGACGGUGACACAGAGGAUCAGAGAAAACAUGAACAGCUGGAGCAGAGAGAAUGUGAUCUGAGCUCAGCCCAAGCUUCUGGUCUUAGUUCUCCACAGCUGCUAGAGCAGGGUUUUAGUUCUCAUCAACUGUCUUCAGCUCUUAGUCAGCCACAUGCUGCUGGAUCACAGCCAGCGCCGUCACAUGGGCCUGCUGCACAAAGACGGGAAGUACACGGAUCACAGCGAGAGGAGGAAGUAGGGCCAGAUUGGACGGAGGGAGGAGUGGAGGGAGACAGAGAGGAGGUCAGUAACACAGAGACGACUCACAGCAGAAAGAGUUCUGAAACGGCAGACAUCGAAGAGGGAGGAGGAGAGAAGCAAGGGAGCGGAGAGAAAGGAGCAAAAGCCAGGAAGAAGAGGAGGAAGAAGAGGGGGAAGAGAGGAGGCGCAGAGGCCAAGCUUAGCUCCAGCUCCAGCAUAGAGUCUCAGAGUCAGACAGACGUAAAAACACAGAGAGAACAAGGGACGAACCUGAACGCUCAGUCAGAGGCCGACUCAGAAGCCAAGGACACGACAGGAAGGGCAGACGUCCAGUCUUCAGCCGAUGACACCAUGCAUCUACCCAGCCAGACGGAGCCAGCUCACGGACCCGACUGUGACGUCACAAACUCGGAUCCCAGUGAUACCAGUCCAGAGUUCAGCCCGACAGACCACAGGAGAGCAGAUCUGACUGCUUCACAGACUCUACAAACAAAGGAUGACAUCAUGAACUGUCAUGGACCUGAUAACCCAGAUUCUACUGUCACUGCUUCAGAACUUAGUCAAGUGGACAUCAGAGAGGCAACUAUAGAGGAAAUCACAACUGUGCAACCAGUAAAAAAGGAAAUACCUGGCCCGACACAGCUGGAUUUAAAGGGGCUUGCCAGUCCAGCUAAACAAACCGUGGAUAAUGUGGAGUCAUUGUCAGAAAUUGAGGAUGUGACGGUUGCUGGUGAAGUUGUAACAUCCGUGGACCGGACAGGUUCGGUGAAAUCUAACUGUCCGAAGGAACUUCCUGUCAAACAUUCAGAUCCUAUAGAAUUCACAGAGGACUCGUUUCUUGUGGAAUUUCCUGAACAGAAUACACAACAUGUACGAUCCGUGGAGUCGAACACACCAGUACAGCCUGUGGAUCCCGCGGGAGGACCCCGAGGAUUUAUGGAAUCCGUGCGUCCGACAGAAGCUUGGGGUCUGCCGCUUGAAGGUACAGCGGAUGUUUUACCGCUUCAAAUACGGGAAGGAAGCGCCGAGACAACUGCGGUGGAAUAUUUAGAGCAUUGUUUGGCCUCUGAGAUGCCGAGAGAUCAGGAGGAAAAGAGAAAUGAGUUGUGGGUGGGUGAAGAGGAAGCAGGCGAGGAAAGAAGUAGGAGUGAAGGAAAUGACAGUGGGGUGGUGCACAGCAAGGAGUUGUCUUCCAUAGACAGAGAGCGAGAGCAGGACUACAAUGAAGGCCUAGUCGCCACAGCGGUAGCAGUUGUAGCGGUAGCAAUAGCAUCAGCCAUGGCUAGCAUAGAGCUGAGCCAACGGUUAGCAGACAAUCAGUCAGAGAGGCAAGAGUCAUCAAACCAGCUGCCAGACCAUUUACUCAACACUGUUCAGUCCAAAGACAACUGUCAGCUGUUCCCAGCUCGGACAGAACAGCAACCUGCUGAUCAGUUCACCUCUAAAGAACAAGCUAAUGUUGAAAUAUCAGAGGAGGCUAAUUGUGUAGUGUCCCAGUGUAACACUGAGACAGAAAAGCUACCAGCUGCACAGCUCAGCAGCAGCCAGCAGGCUAACCCAGACACUCCUAGUUUACCACAAGUCGACAAAGAGGACAUCCAAACAGAAAGUACACAAAAUAUCUGUACAUGUCCACUACCUAAAGAAGAGGAAGUUAAUAUAAAACUUCUGCCAGAAGCAAAUGAAAUGGUUCCAACCGAGGUAGACGGCCAAGGCCACACGCAGGUAGAGACCCAGCUGCAACUCCCCCGUCCUGGACAACAUCCAGAGGCCUCUGACACAUUCAGCCAUGAUUCUGAGGAGAAUCCCAGACUAGGAAAGCCCCAAGAUCAGUCUGUUUGUCAGGAGGAGAGCGGGAUACAACACCGACAGGAUGGAGGUGAUAGUGACCCUUUACAAUCCAUAACUGCAGAGGGUGAGGUAGGACGGCAGGACAGUCCACACAGCUCGGAGUGUAAGGAACGUGAGAGCUGUGAAACAGCAUUCAGGGACGCGUCGGGCUCAGACUGUCAAGCUGAAGAGCAUGAGGGAGAUCCACAGCUGGACGGCCAGGUUAAAGCACCACGUGACGGGGAGAUUCACACUCUGCCGCUCACUUGCGGCUCAGUGCUUCCCGUCACCCCCCGUGACUCGACCCCCGUGGCCGAUCCCAGUCCAGAGGAGCCGACCGGCCCCGUGAAUGAUGAAACGGGAGAAUACCAGUCAUCCAUAAAGCUGGUCCCUGCCAUCCCUCCUGAUGCUGGCAGAGGCGAGUCUGUCGCUAUGGACAAUGAGGUCGGUGUGUUUGCAGGGCUGGAUGAAGACGCUCACGAUGCAGUGGAUGGAUGGAAGGAGAGAGAAAAGAUUAAGAUGAAUAGUGAUGAGGAAGCAAGGAAAGAGAUGGUCACAGUGGACGUCACAUCCCAGACAGCAGCAGCAGCAGAAGAGUGUCAACAGACCAGGAGAGACUCAGAUGCCACACACACUCUGCAGAUCCAGAGGGAGAGGGAUGUGUUCUGUCCUGAACCCGACACGGUGUCAACAUGUACAGACGUCCAUCCACACAGAGAGGAGUGUGUGUCCGUGUGUUUGCUGCACAGAGACAAAGACAGUGUGAAAGUCAGCGCACAACUGGAUGACAGUGUCUUUAAAAAGCCGAAGGAUCCUCCCCCAUGCGUUGGACACAGGGACAGAGGGGUGCGUGUCUCCUCGUCCUCUACAGACGAUGCAUUGACAGAGGGAGCGCUCAGUCCCACUGAGGGGGCUUUGUCAGUGGGCACACCUGACGCUGUGGCCCCUCGGAGCUCCAGACUGUCCUGGAAGUCUGAAACAGAGGACAGAGGAGGAGGACAGACUGAAGGAGGAGGAGGAGGAGGAGGAGGAGGAGAAGAAGAAGAGAAAAAAGACCAGCUCUCAGAAAAUCCUGUCUCGUCUGCCAUCCUGCGAGCCUCCAUCCGGCCCUUGUCUCCGUUCCGUCGGCACAGCUGGGAGCCGGGCAGGAACAACGCCGCUGCAGAUAUUGACAUCACACGGCGCAGCUCGUUGAAGAGUCUGUCAGGAGAGGUGCAGAGAGCCAAGCCCCCCCUCCACAGGAGAAGUAUGAGUUGGUGUCCAUCCAACCUGCGUCGUCCUGAUCAGGAGCAAAUAGACAACAGAAGCUACAGCCUGGAGGGUCUGGAGGUGGAGAGGGGAGCGGUCCGGCCUCAGUGUCCCAUCCUCAGUUAUCAGGAGGAGAGGACUGCAGGAAGAAGCCAGGAGAGAGGCUCGCUGGUUUCUCUCACUGAGGAGGAGCAGGAAGGAGACGGAAGCAGCGUCGAUAGACAGCCAUCACAUCAUCAGGUACUGUCAGUGACAAACAGCUGUCCUGUCAUGUUCCAUCACCAAACCCUCACCAAAUCCAUCUCCAUGGUUACCAUCAAUCACCGCGAUAUAGAUGGGAUGAGCUCAUUCCCCAGUAACUCUGGGUCACUGGAAUACAGUAUUUCAGAGGAGGAGCCGGGCCCCCUGCGGAGCGACACCGAGGGAAAAGGAGGGCCUAAAAUCAGUCGGACGUUCAGCUACCUCCGCAGUAAGAUGACCAAGAAAGGCAAGGAGAAGGAGAAGGAAAGGAAAGGAGAGAGGGAGCGAGAGAGUAAAGAGAGAGAAAAGAAGAGUGCCAACGGUCAUCUCUUCAUCCCAGUCAGUCCGUCUCCUUCCACAGCAUGUCAGCACUGCUCCAAACUUCUGCACAAUAAGGAAACUUUCCUCUGCAACAACUGUGGCGCCCAUGUCCAUAAGUGCUGCAGAGAGAGUCUGUCUGUCUGUACAAAGAACAAAACUAAGCAGCAGUCGCUGGUGCCAGAAGCUGUUCCUGGGUCAGCUACUAACAUGAGGAGUAAAUCGACAUCUUCAGCAUCAUCUGUAUCAUCCACCUCCUCCUCAUCGUCACGGGAACGCUGGUCCACAACAACCUCCCCCGACGAGCCGCUUCCUUUAAUGUUUCCACGGAGACACCCCAGUAUCUUCAACCCACACAGCAACCUGGCCAAGAGCAUCUCCACCAGCAACAUAGCAGGGUUAGAUGAUGUUCCACUGAAAGGCCUGAAGUUUCUGUCCCAGUCCACCGACUCGCUCCAUCAGGGGAGCAAAGUCAAUGCCUCGACUGAGUCACUCACCGAUGAAGGUACUGAGAUGAUGGACAGUCAGCUGAUGGGAGAGUUUGAGUGUGACAUGAAAGACCUGGAAGCUGAUUCUUGGAGCGGCACAAUGGACAAGAAGUUCUUGAAAAUGUUGAAGAAAGAUGAAAUCAAGAAACAAGACGUCAUCUACGAGUUGUACCAGACGGAGUUCCACCAUGUGAGGACACUGAAGAUCAUGUCUGAAGUGUACUACAAAGGCCUUCAGAAGGAGCUGCAGCUCGACACUCACACUCUGGACAAGAUUUUCCCUGUUUUGGACGACCUGUUGGACACGCACACACAUCUCCUCACCCUGCUCCUGGAGAGAAAGAGAGCGUCAUCAACUGGAGGACAAAACAACAGCAGCUUCCUCAUCUGCAGCAUCGGGGACGUCCUGCUCAGCCAGUUUUCAGACUGCAGUGCUGAUCGUAUGAAGAAGGUUUAUGGGAAGUUCUGCAGUCGCCACAACGAAGCUGUCAAUCUGUAUAAAGACCUGCACGCCAAAGAUAAGCGCUUCCAGGCUUUCAUCAAGAGAACAAUGAGCAGCAGCAUUGUGCGGAGGCUCAGUAUCCCAGAGUGCAUUUUGUUGGUCACACAGAGGAUCACCAAGUAUCCCGUCCUCAUCCAGAGGAUACUACAGCACACUAAAGACUCUGAUGAAGACCACGGCUGUGUGCGUGAAGCUCUGCGCUGUGUGAAGGAGCUGAUCGCGGCUGUGGACAGUAAAGUCAACGAGCAGGAGAAGAAACACAGACUGAGAGAGGUCUACAGUCGCACCGACAGUAAGUCCAUCAUGAGGAUGAAAGGUGGUCAGAUGUUUGCUAAAGAGGACCUGAUCAGAGGGAGGAAGAUGCUGCAUGACGGAGCGCUGCAGCUGAAGAACUCUGCUGGACGACUCAAAGAUGUCCAGGCCAUGCUCCUGUCUGACGUGUUGGUCUUUCUUCAGGAAAAAGACCAGAAAUAUGUCUUUGCCUCAUUGGACCAGCGCUCUACAGUCAUCUCUUUACAGAAUCUGAUAGUCCGAGAAGUGGCCAAUGAGGAGCGAGGUCUCUUUCUGAUCACAGCUGGUAUAGAGAGACCAGAGAUGGUGGAGGUGUUGGCCAGCAGCAAGGAGGAGCGCAACACAUGGAGGGCCAUUAUACAGGACGCCAUGCACUGCAUGGAGAAAGACGAGGACGAGGGAGUUCCCAGUGAGACCGAAGAAGACAGGAGGCAGCAGGAGAACAGAGCGAAGGAGAUCCGAGAGCUUCUACGAAGGAAAGAUGAGCAGAUCAUCUCUUUAUUGGAGGAGAAGGUCCACAUCUUCAGAGACCUGGGUGACUGUAAUCCCGCCCCUGAUGAUAGAAAUCCACCAGUCAGGGAGCGGAUGUUAUUCAUGGCCACACCUGAUGAUGUCACAAAGGGGGAGCCAAUCAUAAAGGAUGCCCUGAGGGAAGUGGAGACCCUGCAUGGUUUAGUCAACAGUGGUGUUGGUGGAGCAGGCUGCAGCGCUCCAGUUGGCCUGACAGGGGGCAGUGUGGGACCGGUCUGUCUGCCCAGGAGAGCUGAAACAUUUGGAGGCUUCGACAGUCAUCAGAUGAGCAGCAGCAAGAAUGGAGAGAAGGAAGAGGGGGAUGAAUCGCUGGACCUCCGCAGGACUGAGUCAGACAGUGUGUUGAAGAAGGGAGCCACUGCCAGCCUACAGAUGCUGCUGAAGAGAAACAAUGAGCAGGUGCAGCACAGUGUGACACAUCUUCACGAGCUGCUGAUUUCACUGCAGGCUGUGGUGGUCCAGCAGGACUCCUUCAUCGAGGACCAGCGGCAGACCCUGAACGACCGGCUCACCGCCAAUUCUUCCAGACACUCGUCCUCUUCCUCACUCUCAUCCUCUUCCUCCUCCCGCCCCUCCUCCCUCAUCGAACAGGAGAAGCACAGGAGUCUGGAGAGACAGAGACAGGAGGCGGCCACCCUGCAGAAACAGCAGGCUGCACAUCAGGAAGAAAAGAGGAGGAGAGAGAAGGCAUGGGAGGUGAAGGAGAAUUGUCUGGCAGAGCGAGAGGAGAUGCUGAGGGUGGAGGAGGAGCAGACCAGGAAGAGGUGUCGGGAGGUGAUGGAGGAGAGAGAGAUGCAGCAGAGGAAGAAAGAGGAGUACCAGGGAGAGCUGGAGAGGCUGAGGGAGGCACAGAGGAGGCUGGAGAGAGACAAGGAGGCUCUGAGGAGAGACACCGAGAGACUGGAGGCCAUGAAGAGAGACCAGUCGGAGCAGCUUCAGAGGUACCAGCGGACUCCCUCCACUACCUCGGAAGACUCUAUAAGGUUCCACAGCUCCGGGUCUCUGGAUCUAGAUUCAAAAGAAGCAGCAGAGCAGCCAAAAGGGGUGGAGCUCUCGUCCUCUGUCCCGACCAAAGAACCUUUCCUCCGCAUCGGAUCCAAGAGGAUGGGGAAAAACUUUAACCCCUUCUCCUCCUCCUCCUCCUCUAAGCCUCAGGGAGCAGAGAAGGAGUCCCAGCUCCCCACCAGACUGCUCCAGCUGGGCAAACCCAAAGAGAAGAAAGACAAGAGGAAGAAGAAGGGCAAAGGAGAGCAGACGCAGACAGAAAGCAAAGUUGCAGUGAUGUCGGAUCCUCAGAAUGAUGGAGACAUCUUCUUCUGCUGAGAGGAACUGGACGACGCACAUGUGAACUUCUAACCCUCCAGUCAUCAGGGUCAGUCAUCAGGGUCAGUCAUCAGGGUCAGUCACCAGGGACAGUCAACAGACAAUCGGCCAGUGCAGCAAACAGGACCCCAAGUGUCCCCUGACUCUCUAUUUGGAUAUAAUACAUGCCCAUGUAUCUUCUUUGCUGACUGUCUGGCCUCUGGACACGGUCCCUACCUUCCUGUCAGACAGAAUGGAGCAUCUGGGAUGAAAGUCUGACUUACCUACAUGUGCCCCAGGUAAACAAAGUGCUGACCUCCUCCCAGAGACAAAGGGUUAGGUUAUGUUUAGCUGGGGAUUCAAUCCAGAGGGCUUUAAGCAACAAAUGUGCCAAGAAUUUCCCCUACAACCUUCCAUCAUUUAGAGAUGUGAUGCAAGCCAAGGUGGCAGUGCCAGGAACAAAAGAGCAAAGCGUGUGCAAAUCUCCUCAAGACUUUAAACUGUAGCUUCAACAUGAACCAAUAAUGAGUGCCAUUUCUUUCAAGUAUUGCUGAUGCUAACUUUGAUGCUUGUGGUGCUGGUGACUCCUCCGUUUCAGUGAACGGUUACACCGUCUGGGUCCCAGGCUGAUCAACUCCAGCAACUUUUAAUCUAAAGUGUGAUUUGUGUGUCCCAGUCAAGCUGUCAAGCAAGACAUGAGAGGGAGUAACAGAUGGUGUUAGAAACCCCACCAUUUCUCACUGUCCACACUGUGCGCUGAGGUCAGUGUGCACAUCAAGACUUCCAGACCCAAUCAAUCAAUGACACGUCAGUCACCACAGAGAGAUGGAUGAAUCUAUAGAGACAGGCUGAGAUAAGAGUAGGAAUGAUCACCAAAGACUCCGUGGUUUUAGUGCCUUAAGUCUCUGAUAGAGUCUCUGACUGAUGAAUGUAACGACAGUGGAAUGAAGCGCAUGCUCAAAGUAGAUGUUUCUAAUAUCGCUGUUGUCAGAUGAUCGCCUCCAAUCUCUAGAAAUUCAUGGUUUUGUUCGGUGGUCAUCUUAGUCAGUGUCGACAACAGACUCUACCAGUUCUGUAGAAGAAUCAUCUUUAAUCGUCUUUCAGUGUGACAAUCACGGCAGUGCAACUGUCACUGCAGCUCAGCAGGAUCAGGAAUACAAAGAUUUUAACAUGCACUUUAUAUACAUGAGAGAGUGAUGCUUCGUUUUAAGGGUCUGUCAUUUCCUAAUAAUUUAAAGGGACACAAUGUGAGAAUCAGAAGUUGCUUGUUACCAGUGACACCUGAGGCCGUUAAGCCAACGUCAGUCAGCGCCCUGUUGCUCGCGCCUGUGCUCGCACUACCGACACGCACGAGACUGAACGUGAUUGACAGGCAUCCUAUUGAUUAACGUUAGCAACAUUAGCAGCUAAAACCACAGUAUCACUAUAUAUUUCACAUGCCAGGCAGUCAUGUUAGCUACCAAACAAAGGUCCCUCCAUGAAUCGGUGUUGAUACUAAUGUUAACUCUUCCUGCUUCAGCCUCCCGAACGAGGUCAGAAGGACCAGGAGAGACACCGUAGUUUAGGUCUCCUGGACUGGAGUCCAUAACGUUACUCUCUCCAGAGUUAACCCCGUCACUGAGUCCAUAACGUUACUCUCUCCAGAGUUAACCCCUGUCACUGAGUCCAUAACGUUACUCUCUCCAGAGUUAACCCCCGUCACUGAGUCCAUAACGUUACUCUCUCCA